UAAAACAAGCUCCACGAGCUUGGUAUGAUAAGCUAAGUCAAUUUUUAAUAAAUGAUGGAUUUCGUAGGGGUCAAGUAGACAAAACUCUGUUCAUAAAAAAUCAGGAUGAACACCUUCUGUUAGUGCAGGUGUAUGUAGAUGAUAUAAUUUUUGGUUCUUCAAAUCAGGAAAUGUGCAAAAACUUUGAGAUCUCAAUGAAAAAUGCCUUUGAAAUGAGUCUCAUGGGUGAACUCAAUUAUUUUCUAGGUCUGCAAAUCAAACAAACAGAAAAAGGAAUCUUCAUCAGUCAGACCAAGUAUCUAAACAAUAUGCUAAAACGUUUUGGCUUCACAAAUUUAAAAGCUGCAUCCACCCCAAUGGGUUCAUCAACCAAACUUUCCAAGGAUGAAUCUGGAAAACCAGUAGACAGUCGAUUAUUCAGGGGAAUGAUAGGUUCUCUACUAUAUUUGACUGCUAGCAGGCCAGACAUUAUGUAUAGUGUUUGUGUGAGUGCUCGGUUCCAAAGUUGUCCUAAAGAAAGUCACUACUCUGCUAUCAAACGAAUCUUUAGAUAUCUUGUAGGUACUCCUAGUCUAGGUUUCUGGUACUCUAGUGACUCCAGUCUGGAAUUUAUUAGUUACAGUGACUCUGAUUAUGCUGGUUGUUCGGUAGAUAGGAAAAGUACCUCAAGAGCUUGUCACUUUCUAGGUUCCUCUCUAGUUUCCUGGUUUAGUAAGAAACAGAACACUGUGGCACUUUCUAUUGCAGAAGCAGCGUAUGUGGCAGCAGGGUUCUGUUGUACUCAACUCCUCUGGAUGAAAUAUCAGCUUAAAGACUAUGGUAUUCAGCUUGGUUCUCUACCAGUCAUGUGUGAUAACACUAGUGCAGUUAAUAUGACCAAGAAUCCCAUUCAACACUCCAGGACCAAACAUAUAGAAGUCUGGUAUCACUUUAUUAGGGAUCUUGUUCAAGAUGUCCAGAUCCAUCUUCAAUUCAUCAAUACUGAUUUUCAGUGGGCUGAUAUCUUUACUAAGCCUUUAGGAGUUGACAAAUUCCUAUCUAUUCGAAGAGAACUUGGCCUAUUUUCAUUGGAAGAGAUCGAUAUGAUUCCUUAAAAUCAGUAAUGAUUCAUAAAUCAAUCGUACAUUGAUUCUUUCCUAUUAAGGUCUUGCUUUUUCCACUUCUAACUCCCGAUGAUGACCCUAUAUAGGUAGUUUUCCCUAGUCUUCUUCUUCAUCCUCAACUCUCACUACGAUAUCACAAUUCCUUAAACUCCCAAAAUGGCUCCCAUUAACUUUCAAUUGCAUCCUGCAGUCACCUUCAACAACAAGGGUUUUCAUAACCCAGCGCGCUAUGAGCGUUAUCUCAACCACUUUCGUCACCGCCCUCUCUAUCCUUCAUUCACUGCUCUUCCCUCAUCCUUCCAGAAAUAUGACCUGGAUAUCUCUGGGCUCAUUCAUAAUCUUGGGUGGGAUUCUCUUUUUGAGAAUCGGCGAUUCAGCCAAUGUCCUGAGGCUGUCAGGAUGUUUUACACCAGUCUGAAGAGAGGUCCUGGUCCGAGUCCCUCGUCAUUCACCACAGUCGUGUAUCAUCAUGAGAUACUUGUCACCCCUUCCUUGCUAGCUGAAAUCCUAGGGCUUCCUAGUCAAGGAUCCUCUGCUGCCACUAAUGAUGACUUUGCUGAGAUUCGUUUUGACUAUGGGUCAGCUUUGGAGUCUCUUACCCUCGACAUCGGUCGCUAUUACUCCAAUAUGCUCUCAGCAGGGAGGCUUGCUGAUCUGUUCAAAGUCAUGCACUUUUUCAUCACUUGCAUCCUCCUUCCUCGCAGUGUAUCAAGUACCGAAUUAGCUCAUCCUUCAGAUGUCUGGAUUAUGGCUAAUGCACUUGAUAGGGUUCGUCUCAACUAUUCCUCACUCAUGUUUGCUCACAUGAUCAAGUAUGGGGAUGAGAAUUACUCUGGUCCUCUUCCCUUUGGUCCUCAAAUAACUCGCUUCCUAUACUCUCUUGGCAUUGAUCUUUCUGACAAGAUCAUUGUUUGUGAUAUUCGAGAGGAUUUGAAGGCACAGCAUAUCCUCGCUCGUGUCGAUGCUUCUGUUGGUAGGAGAAAGCAUGUCAUUUGCUCAGGGGGAGAACAGUCUGUUGUUUCUUCAACUCAGCUGGUUCAUGCUCUACUUGAUGCUGCAUCUGUGGCAUUGGAUCAGCAAAUCCAAUCCAUCAAGAGCAAGGAGCUCUGUAACCUAGAAUAUUGCAAGGAACAAAUUGAUCUAGCUAAGGAAGCUGAUCUGGGCGGCUUUCAGGAAAAAGAGGAAGAUGGGGUGUCUGACUAUGAGUCUCCACCUGAAUAUGAGUUUUAGAUAGGCAAUCAGUUUAGGGGGAGUUCACUGGUCUGGUUUUUCAUUGAAAAGUCUUAAGGUUCUAGGUCAUCGAGUCAAUAAGGAUUGUCUGUGAAUCAAUCCCUUUCUGCUUCGAGUCUUCUGUCUGUUCUUAAUAAUAAAGUGGAUUAAAUAUCUCCUCCAGAUUAUAUGGCAUUGUGUUAAGUAGUUUGUUCUUAAUAAUAAAGUGGAUUAAAUAUCUCCUCCAGAUUAUAUGGCAUUGUGUUAAGUAUGCUGUUUGGAACAGGCUGCACCAAUCCUUUGUUGAGUUGUGCAGAAAAUGUGUGAAAGCAGCAGAAAUAGGAGCAAAUGACAUGCUUAGGGGGAGAAUGUUGAGAGAAGCAGAUCGAGGCCAGUCUAUGCAUUCUGAUAUACGAGCAGACUGAAAAGGAAAUGAUCAAUGGCGCAAAUCAGGAGGAUUCAAAGCAAUACAAAAAUAGAAAGAACUGCAAUCCUGCCGAAAAUGAGCAGAGCAAACUUGGCAAGUCAAGAUUUCCCUGCAACGGCUCUGCUGUGGGAAAAAUAUAAAGGGGAGGUCAAUUGAGUUGUGUGAUGUACGUUUUUCCCUGUGAUAUUCAUAGAACAAUAAGAAACAGCUUGUGAAGCUAAAGUCUUUUGGGUUAGAAGUGAUUGGCAGAGUUAAUCGAGGUGAUUAACUGGGAAAAAUCAGAGUGUUUGAUCAGGAAGGUUGUACACCGAGGCAAGCUUGGUAGAUCUGUGGGGAGCAGAGUUGAAGUUAGCCGAGUCCUGUAAAACACAAGACACUAAGAUAGUGCUUACGUAGGAGAUCUCAAGAAGAGAGUCUCCUACCGUGGAUUAGUCGAUAUUGGGAUCCUCAUUCUCCCAAUAUCGGAUACCACGUAAAAAUUCGAUUUGUGUGUGUGAAUGAGUUUGAUUCUGUUGUUUACUUUUUCUUGUUAGCUUACUCUGUUUUGCAGGUACAGAGUUCAACUGAAGAACUCUUCUCUUCACUACAAAGAAGGUGACGCAGUGAUUUGGGCUCGAUUAGCAGGCCCACUUCAUUUGGUUAAGUCGUUGCACUGUUUAUAGCCCAAAGCCCACUUCGGGUUAUUUUGCAUAUUAACAAACGUUUAGAAACUCAGGAAAUAAAACGCAUUUUCAUUUCCAUUACUCGAUUCUCUCACUUGUUCUGAAAUCGCAGAGUUAGGGUUCGACAGAAAGAGAAACCAUCGAAGAGGAAUUCCAUCGUCUCGCGCUCGACGAUCCAACAGAUAUCUGGCUGAAAUGAAUCUGCACCUGUCUCAUCAACAAUUAAAGCUGCAAUUUCAUCACCAGUUGGUAGAUCAUAUUCUCUUCCAUCGUAGGCCGUUUCGCAAGGAUCUUGAUCUUCAUAAGAUGAAAAUUAGGAUCAUUAAUCUUAUCUCUUGCGCAACAGAAAGUCUGUACCAAAACAUUAUUAGCAUCCAACAUUUCCUUCAAGCUUUGAAUAACAUCGUGGCGCAAUGGAUUUGAACUCCGUUCCAUUGAAUAGAAAUUGUAACGAUUUUGCAUUUCAUUGUUAGUUUCAUGGAUGUAUAACUGUGCAAACUUUGGCGCACUACCAUCUGCAGGAACUAAACUGCCAAUCCGAUGAUAAAUUUGGCCUCCAAUUGAGUACACAUAGGCUGCACUACCAUCAUUUAUAGUAUGAUCAACUUUACCUCCCAGAGAGGUGAAGCAAAAUAUUGCAUUGUAAGCUCGAAUGUACUCUCGGAAAUGGCGAGCAAGAGUGGUAUUCGAUUCCAACAGCACCUUCAAUAAUUCUGGUGGUUCUUGAUUCAUAGGUAGUUGUACUUUACCUUGCCUGCAACAGAUAGAAAAUUUGAGGACGUCUUGCCCUCUGGUGGACAAUGUGCUUUCUUGACGCCAUAAAAUGGCUCCACAAAA